CCGCCUGUGAUUUGACAGCCUGAAGAAUGCGCACCUGUGCACUCCCAUAAGGUGAGCGACACUAGAGGCGAGAGGGAGGGCGCGACGGGACCUCCGAAAAGGCAAAGCGACACAAACGCGGCGUGGGGGCAGCCCUCAUCGUGACGGUCGGCCCCGCACCUGUGCAGCGGAAAUGGCAAACUUCAAAGGCCAUGCCCUGCCGGGCAGCUUCUUCCUGCUCUUCGGACUUUGGUGGUCCAUCAAAUACCCACUGCGCUACUGCUGGCAGAACUCCCGGGUGGGUGGGCGCACGACCCUGAGUGCCUGUUUUCAGCGGCUUGACCUAAUUGAGGGUGUACUCAAGUUGCUCUUCUGCCUAGUAGGGAUCCUCGCCGAGCAGUUUGUACCUGAUGGGCCACACAUGCACCUCUACAGCGAGGAAGAACACUCCUGGGUGAAGCUGAUGAACUGGCAGCACAGCACCAUGUACCUUUUCUACGCCAUCUCUGGCAUCACCGACAUCGUGACCUUCACCCCAAUCCCCACCCCUCAGGGACUCGAUCGGCUUAUGCUGUCUAUGGCGGUCUUCGUCGAAGGAUUUUUGUUCUACUUUCACCUUCAUGGCCGCUCCCCUCUCGACGUGCACAUCCACUCACUCUUGCUGGUUGCUGUGUUUGGUGGUGCUGCCAGUAUCUUUCUCGAGGUCUUCCUUAGGGACAAUGUCAUCCUGGAGCUCUUCAGAAGCAGCCUUGCCAUCCUGCAAGGCACAUGGUUUUUCCAGAUCGGGUUUGUGCUCUUUCCCCCUAAUGGAGGUCCUCAGUGGGAUGAGAACAUGCACGACAAUAUGACUUUCAUCACGAUGUGCUUCUGCUGGCACUAUGUAGGAGCACUGCUCAUCAUGGCCAUCAACUACACGGUGGUCUGGUGCGGAGUGAGGCGCUGUACUCGGCGAGAGGGAGGAAACAUGGAGAUGAAUCUGCAGAAGAAACCAAGCAAAAAUGGCUCCAAAAAGGGCCUUCUGCAGCACUGUGAGGAUGAGGAGGAAGAGGAAUAAACAGGAAGUCUGGCCCACUGUAAGAGAAGCCAGAGAGCAUAUACUUGCCGGACAACCUGGACACUUAUCUAUUAUCCCACCCUCUUUUAUUCAAUAAAAUGUCUGAGAAACC